AUGGACGGGAGGCGGAUUACGGCGAGCCCGAGACCGUGCUGUGGGCGGCGAGUGGUGGCGAAAAAGCGGCCUCGCGGUGGUUUAGAUGGGUUCGUUAACAGCGUGAAGAAGCUGCAGAGAAGGGAAAUUUCAUCCAAGCGUGACCGCUCUUUCAGUAUGAGUGAUGCGCAGGAGAGAUUUCGCAAUAUUCGUCUGCAGGAGGAGUAUGACACUCAUGAUCCCAAGGGAUAUAGUUCUUUGUCAUUGCCAUUUCUGAAGAAGAGGUCAAAAAUUAUUGAGAUAGUUGCUGCCCGUGAUAUUGUCUUUGCUCUAGCGCAAUCGGGUGUCUGUGCAGCAUUCAGCCGAGAGUCUAACCAGAGGAUAUGCUUCCUUAAUGUCUGUCCUGAUGAAGUUAUCAGGAGCUUGUUUUACAACAAAAACAAUGACUCGCUCAUAACAGUUUCUGUUUAUGCCUCAGAUAACUUUAGUUCAUUAAAAUGCAGAACCACAAGGAUUGAAUACAUUCGAAGGGGUAAACCCGAUGCUGGAUUCCCGCUGUUUGAGUCUGAGUCUCUGAAGUGGCCUGGAUUUGUGGAGUUUGAUGAUGUGAAUGGGAAGGUUCUGACUUAUUCCGCACAUGACAGCAUAUACAAGGUGUUUGACCUGAAGAACUACACCAUGCUCUACUCCAUAUCGGACAAAAAUGUUCAAGAGAUUAAGAUCAGCCCAGGUAUCAUGCUAUUGAUUCUUACCAAAGCCCAUGGUGGUGUCCCGUUAAAGAUCCUCUCUAUUGAGGAUGGUACUGUCUUAAAAUCUUUUAGCCAUCUCCUUCACAAAAAUAAGAAGGUUGAUUUCAUAGAACAAUUCAACGAGAAGCUCCUCGUCAAGCAAGAGAACGAGAAUCUACAGAUUGUCGACGUUCGUAAUACCGAGAUUACGGAAGUUAGCAGGACCGAAUUUAUGACCCCAUCUGCAUUCAUAUUUCUGUACGAGAACCAAUUGUUUCUGACGUUCAGAAACCGAACUGUCGCUGUUUGGAAUUUCAGAGGGGAGCUUGUGACCUCGUUCGAGGACCACCUCCUUUGGCAUCCUGAUUGCAAUACAAACAACAUAUACAUCACGAGUGACCAGGACCUCAUCAUCUCUUACUGCAAGGCAGACUCGGAAGAACCACUUUCUGAUGGACAUGCCGGUUCUAUAAAUAUCAGCAAUAUCCUGACGGGCAAGUGCUUAGCCAAGAUAAAGGCGAGCAAUGGUCCCCCCGCGAACGAAUGUUACUGCUGCUUGGACUGUGGCGGCCGAAACUGCAACCCGAGAAAGCGUGGUAAAAUUUCCGGGGUUCGAAGCACUGUGGCCGAGGCUCUUGAGGAUAUAACCGCACUAUUUUACGAUGAAGACCGUAACGAAAUCUACACUGGGAAUAGACUUGGUCUCGUUCACGUCUGGUCCAACUAA